CAAAGGGGAGAGGAGAGACAGGGAUUUGUGGUGCAAUGAAAAAUAACGGAGCUGGGGCUAUUUCACGUUUUAACUGGCUUUCCCGAUAGGGGCCUCUCUCCUCCCCCUCCCCGCACUCCAUUUCGGGUUCACACGAACGAAGAGGCACUAGCCAAGCGAAGCAGCGCCCCUUUCUCCUCGCCAGGGCGUGCACAGGGGGAGAACGCUGCUGGAGGGUUCGGUUCGGAGUAUCCGCGGAGAGCCAGCCCGGAGCGUCAGUGCCAAUUCCCCCCGGCGCAAGGAGGGAGGCUGUGGCGCGGCGCCGCCCUCUGGAGAGACAGCCGGCGAGAGGCUGGUGUGAAGAGCAGCAUCUCAAUGAGGGACGGGCUAAUGCAAAUCGCUGCAAUCAGCAGCAGACAGUAGAAGAAAGGCGAAGCAGCUGCCGCCCAACCUCACCCGCAGCACCAUCCAGCCGGAGGGCCAGAAGAGACCUAACAAAAGGCAUCCAAGCUGCUCUUUGCGACCACACUUGCAGUCAAGCAGGGCGGGGGACAUUGCUGAUCGGAGCGCUUUGAGCUGAAACCCAGCACGUCCUUCACAACCAGCCAGCAGACGUAGGCUUGGGGUGGACGCGCUUCCAAACCACCGAGAAACCGAUUUACCAUCAAAGAUGUCCUUUGGGAGAGACAUGGAGCUGGAACACUUUGAUGAGCGUGAUAAGGCACAGCGAUACGGCAGAGGGUCACGGGUAAAUGGUCUGCCUAGCCCUACCCACAGUGCCCACUGCAGCUUUUACCGAACCCGUACUCUACAAACCCUCAGUUCUGAGAAAAAAGCAAAGAAAGUUCGUUUCUAUCGCAAUGGAGACCGGUAUUUCAAAGGGAUUGUUUAUGCCAUCUCCCCUGACCGAUUUAGAUCUUUUGAGGCCCUGCUGGCUGAUUUGACCCGAACUCUAUCUGAUAAUGUGAAUCUGCCCCAGGGUGUGAGAACAAUCUACACCAUUGAUGGUGCCAAGAAGAUUUCUACUUUGGACCAGCUAGUAGAAGGGGAGAGCUAUGUGUGUGGUUCAAUAGAACCCUUCAAAAAACUGGACUACACAAAGAAUGUAAACCCAAAUUGGUCAGUGAAUGUUAAGACAACCUCCACUUCCCGUACGGUGCCAUCUCUUGCCACGGCCAAAGGAAGUCCUUCAGAUGCAAGAGAGAAUAAGGAUUUCAUUAGGCCUAAACUGGUCACCAUCAUCAGGAGUGGUGUGAAACCACGUAAAGCAGUCCGAAUUCUGCUGAAUAAGAAGACAGCACAUUCAUUUGAACAGGUUCUUACCGACAUAACUGAUGCCAUCAAGCUGGAUUCGGGAGUGGUUAAACGCCUGUACACGCUGGAUGGAAAACAGGUAAUAGAUUUCAUCCUAAUAAUCUCCAGUAACAUGUCCCUUUGCCUCAAAUGCAAGUAAGUCUUGUUAUCACUUUAUGUAAUUGAUGUGGUCAUUUGCUGUUCUUCCGAAAGUUACUGUAAACUUUUAAGUUAGAGGCUUGGGCAUACUGUUUAAUACAAAAGCAUGAUUUUAGUGGAAGAUCUUUUCAGGAAGUUUGACACUUUGCCUCAAUGGAUGGUUUCAUUAUUUAUGCGUGUUUGUAGAUCUGAAUCGGCUACACAUCAAAUUUUCAGCACUGACUUUGAAAAUGUCAGCCAGAAUAUGAUAUUAAAGAAUGCUGAACUAAUUUCUUUAACCUAUCAUUUAUUUUCUGUAACAGCAUUAUGAGUCCUUGUUCCUAGUGUCUGGUAAUUUUAACAAUGAGGACACAUCAAGUUGUAUUGGAGAGUAAUACAUUUGCAUAUCAAAUGUAACUUUUUAUUUUUGAAUCCUGUAAUUUCACAGUCUAAACUAUCCUAUUAUAAAGAAGAGCUUACAAGUUCAAUAAAAAGGGAAACUUCCCACCCACUUGGACAGACAGGGAUGUCAGGUCUGAUCUAUGAUUCCCAAAUUUGUUAAGGAGUCUUUUCCAUGUGGUCUGAAAAGCUCCUUCUUAAGCGUUCUAAAAUAAUGCAUAGUCAAGCAAUAUCUGCUUCUGCUAACUGUAACCUGAGUAAGACAUUGUUCAAGUUCUAGAGGCCUUUGUGACGAAAUAAAUAAAAAUAACUCCAUUAUGUGUAGUGCGUCCUAGUGCUCUAUGCUUUCUUUUGAUUACAAUCCAGUACUUAAAUACAGCAGACUUCCGAUAAUCCGGCACCUUUGGCAUCCAAG